AUGUUGAUCAAUCAAGACAGCAGGCUCUUGGGAUCUUAUUCCUGGGAAAUUAUUUCUGGGCUAUGGUCUGAUCCACAAGACCAUGAGUUUGACAUGAACGAGGAAAGAGAGGGGAGAGCACCGGAUGUCGAGUUCUGGAAAGAGAUCGAUAAAGGGUGGUGGUUUGAUGGCGAUUUUGUGGUUAGAACUGCACACCAGCAGCAGCACAAGCUCUCGGCGCACAGAAGGUCCGCGCGACACAUCAAGGAAGGGCGAGAUGAGACUAGUGGUGCUGUGAUGUACCGGUAUAAAGAGCAUCGGUCGACAAGGGCAGCUGCUUUGAUCAAACAGUCAUCAUCUUCAUCGUCGUCGGUCUCGAGUUUGAGAACAGUUAUCGGUGACAGUUCAAUCGCGUCCACAAAGACCUUAAAUUACCGCAAGGCAACGGCAAAGGCGUUGAAGUAA